CCUGGUAAGAAUUAGAUCCCAAGGGGCAACAAUGAAAAGAGGUGAAAGCUCUGGAGGUGGCCAGAGUUCCUUAGGCUACCUAUUUGGUUCCGAUGAUAAGCAAAAAAACAAUGCACCAUUGGCAUCACCUGCUGCUUGUACACCGCCUUAUGGAAUCGAUAUCAUCGAUGAAAAGCCCCCAGAAAGUCCUCCUCCUAAAGAAAAAAAAGGAGUCACCAACAACCACCAAAGGGUCCAGGGUCAGAAUUCAGGAAAUUUCAUCACUGAUCGUCCAUCCACUAAAGUUAAGUCGGUACCAGGUGGAGAUUCGUCACUCGGUUACCUGUUUGGAGAUAAGUCAUGAGACUUUUGCCUUGUGAAUGUUCUAUCGUGGUUGGUCUGAUUUCUGCUCCAUGUAGAAGGGUGUGAAAUGUUUGUGCUCUUGGAAAUUAUGUUAGGGUUUGUAGGGUUUGCUCUUUGUGUGAUUAUUUACUUCCUGUACAUCAGCUUCUGAAGUCUGAACCGCCUGAUUAGGAUUUUCUCUAUUAUAGUCUGCUCAUUUGGCAAGAAUAAGAACUGUAAAAUAAGCCUAAUUUCGAGGCAGCUAUAUUUGAUAUGGGGUGUGAUUUGUUUAUUUUCA